UCCUAUCUCUCUUGUCUUAAGUCUCUUUGUCGUGCAGUACUACAUCAACUUCUCCAAAAAAAAAUAAAAAUUACUUUCUAUAAAAAAGAAAAAAAGCAUAUAAACUCCAAAUCAUCAAUGAUUUUCACUAAACAACCCAAAUGGCACGUUUAUUACAACCCCUUCUUUUCCUCAGUCUUUUUCUUCUAGUCAUCAUCUCACGCGCCGCCGCACACGGCGGCGCCGGCGAUGCUGACGUGGAUGCCGACUCAUCUGUACUCUCAGAUAAACCCCACUUAAGAUCUCGAUCGUUGGUUCUUGUUAAGAUAUGGUGUUUGAUAAUAGUAUUCAUUGGGACUUUUCUUGGUGGGAUAUCACCUUAUUUUAUGAAAUGGAAUGAAGGUUUUUUAGUUCUUGGUACACAAUUUGCUGGUGGUGUUUUUUUAGGGACUGCAAUUAUGCAUUUUUUAAGUGAUUCUAAUGAGACGUUUGGUGAAUUAACAAGUAAAGAGUAUCCUUUUGCGUUUAUGUUGGCAUGUGCUGGUUAUUUGCUUACUAUGUUGGCUGAUUCUGUUAUCUGUUUUGUUUAUGCCAAACAGAGCAAUAACAAUGAUAAUAUUCAGCUUCAAGGUGAUACUGAAAAUGGAAAAAACAAUAGGACGGUCACACAAGGGCAGUCACAGGUCUGUGAUGGCAGAGAAGAUUACUUUUCAAAAGUACCUCUUGCAACAAAAGCUUCUUCACUUGGCGAUAGCAUCUUGUUGAUCGUCGCGCUAUGUUUCCAUUCUGUCUUUGAGGGAAUAGCCAUCGGUGUUGCAGAUUCACAAGCUGAUGCUUGGAGAGCUCUAUGGACUGUCUGUUUACACAAAAUAUUUGCUGCUAUUGCAAUGGGAAUAGCUCUACUUAGGAUGAUCCCAAAUCGCCCACUAUUAUCCUGUGCAGCAUAUGCUUUUGCCUUCGCCAUUUCUAGUCCGAUUGGUGUUGCCAUCGGAAUCAUAAUCGAUGCGACGACUCAAGGGGUUGUAGCAGACUGGAUCUUUGCAAUAUCAAUGGGAUUGGCUUGUGGGGUUUUUAUUUAUGUGUCCAUUAAUCAUUUGCUUUCCAAGGGAUACAAGCCUCAGAAAAUGGUGUUUGUUGACAAGCCGUUUUUCAAGUUUUUGGCUGUUUCGUUAGGUGUUGGAGUGAUUGCUGUAGUGAUGAUAUGGGAUACUUGAGUUUCUGUUUUGGAUUUUUUUGGGAGCAGUAGCAGAAUAGUUGCCAUUUUAUUUUGAGAAUACGUUAUUGUUUCAAAAAGUUGGUAUCCAUGACACUGAGAGUGAAUGUACAGUACUAAAAAGUUGUGAUAUUUUCAGGAUUGUGUUUAUUCCCUGUUA